AUGGAAAGAACCAACCUGACGACGGACUUUACUCUUCUCGGCUUCUCCGACCUUGGUUAUCAUCGCGCUGCUCUCUUCUGCGUCUUCCUGGUCAUUUAUGUCCUCACUUGGACGGGUAACAUCCUUCUGCUGAGUGCAAUUAAAGUGUCCCCCCAGCUCCACACUCCCAUGUACUAUUUUCUGGGAAACCUUUCCUUCGUGGACAUUUGUUUUUCCUCGGUUACGCUUCCAAAGCUAUUAAACGGCGUCCUCUGUGGGAGGACGGUCAUUUCUUUUCUGGGCUGCUUUCUUCAACUCUACUUUUUUGUGUCCUUGGGAAUCACGGAGAACUUUCUUCUAGCGGUCAUGGCUUUCGACCGAUGUCUGGCUAUUUGCAACCCCUUAAGAUACUCCAUACUGAUGAGUAAAACCAUGCAGAGUGGGCUGGUGGGGGGCUGCUGGCUGCUUGCUGCCCUUCAUUCACUGUUACACACAUACACAAUGUCUCACUUGACUUUCCGUGAUGACCGUCUGAUCGAACACUUCUUCUGCGACAUGACCUCUCUGAUCAAACUCUCCUGUUCUAGCGCUUUCGUAAAUGAGCUAUUGAUCUACAUUGAAGGUCCGGUCACCAUCAUGGUCCCUUUUCUCCUCAUCCUGGUGUCCUACGUCCUCAUUGCUCGAGCUAUAUUCAAACUGAAGACUUCCACCGGCAGAAGUAAAGCCUUCUCCUCGUGCUCGUCCCACCUCACCAUGAUUUCUCUGUUUUGCGGAACAAUUAUCUUCAUUUAUUUCCGUCCUCCAUCAAUCUACUCCCCCACCUAUGAUCGCCUUGUGAGUAUUGUUUAUGCAGUGAUAACCCCCAUGUUAAAUCCUUUUAUAUACAGCCUGCGCAACCAAGAAGUAAAAAAUACUCUGGUAAAAUACAUUUCACAGUACGGCACAUCGCUACGCAAAGAAAAAUAA